UAUAGGGUUAAUGUUUCCCAAAUUACUUGUGUGUGAGAUUGAAAGUGAAGGGCGUGCUCCUAGCCGAGGGAAAAGUGUGUGAGAGCGGCCCUAAUGCGGAAUCUCAUUAAGGCAACUGUCAAGAUUCUUCUAUUUUACCCUCACCUCUCCGAUCUGUAAGAGCCAGACUGUCGUUUCGAGUGAGUCCGCCGCCAAAGAGGCAUUUACAAAUAAAUGAAAAAUGUCACAAUUGAUUUUACUCUUCCAAGACUACAGCGUGUCAGCUUUGUCACAAACUGUCUUUGUUGUUCUCCGUCUUCCAGGUCCGGCACCCACACAUGGUCGAUAGUUACUGACUGGCUCGGGCCCUUUUACGCCUCAGCACCGUAAUAAACAUGGCAUACAGGAAGGUGCGCGCUGGCCAUGGAUCUCUUCAUGUGCGGGAUCUGGAGAGUGAGGAGCUACAUGCCCCCUCUCUGGAAUUGGAAUGGGACAUGGAAAAGGAACUGGAGGAACCGGCGUUGGACCGCUUUCAGCUGGAGUGUGUGGAGCAUCAACCUGUGAGCAACUCCUCCGGCGGCGCUAUAGACCCGGAUCUGGAGCCAAUUCAGCCCUCUGUAUCUCCUCACGGACGCUUUGAACGUCUCCAAGAGGAUCCAAAUUACGUAACUCGUUUCAGCCGGGCGGUACCCAAGGGUCAGAGGCGGAGUUGGACCUGUCUGGCCAAAUAUCUCCUGGCGGGGCUGGGUGUGUUUGUUUUGGGGCUGCUCAUUGGACGUUACACUUUCAGCAAGGAGCAAGUGACGGUAGAGCCGAGUGCAGACACAGAUGUGCUGGAGAAGAUGGUUCAGGGAAUCACAGCGGAGAAGAUACAAGCACUGCAGAGGGACUUUGACAGCUUGUCCGAGCUCAAUGAGAUUUCCAAAGUGAAGUACAUCUCUCAACGGUGGGAGGAGCUUGGGUUGAAAGUCAAUCAGGUGACCAAUCACACAGCUCUGUUGAGCUAUCCAGGACCCGCCCUCAGCACGAUUGUUAUUAAGAGCAGUAAGCAGUGUUACGUACCAAGCGGAGCGAGGUGUGACCAGCCAUCCACAGCUGCAACUGAACCGCUUGGAUUUGCGGCCUAUUCAGCUGUGGGAACUCUAGAGGCAGAAGUUGUGGAUGUUCAGUAUGGAAACCCAGAAGAUCUGAGACGUGUCCAAACCAGUACAAAUGUGACCAAUAAAAUUGCACUACUGAAACUCGGACAAGCACCUUUGAUUUACAAGCUCUCUCUCCUAGAACAGCUGGGGUUUGGUGGAUCUCUCUUGUAUGUGGAUCCAUGUGAUGCCCCUUUUGGGAAUAAGACCUUUGGGGUGACUCUAAACCCAGGUGGAAAUCCAUCGUCUCAAGAAGUCCCAAAAACCACUGGAAUAGGCAACCGUCAUAAUCUGACAUCAUUGCUGGUUCAACCCAUCUCUGCCUCCUUAGCAAAACUCCUGCUUUCUGACACUGCCAUGGGGCAGGGGAGACCCUGCAUUCCAAUGGCCAUGCACUCAGCCUCAGCGAGAAAAAUCAUUAAUCUCACAAUUGAAAACCAAGCAUCCUUCAAAACAGUGCACAAUGUCAUUGGAUAUCUCAAAGGCAAAACCAAUCCAGAUCGAUAUGUACUGGUUGGCAGUCGUCAUGGCAGCUGGUACGAGGGUGCGUUGGCGGAUUGGGGGAACGGCGCUGCAGUCCUGACACAGAUCAUCGCCUCCAUGACGGCUCAGACCCGAGCGGGCUGGCAGCCCGACCGCACCAUCGUCUUCUGCUCCUGGGGAGGAACCUCAUUGGGAAACAUCGGCUCAUUUGAAUGGGGAAAGGAGAAUGCAGUGGUGCUUCAGAGCCGGGCGGUGGCCUAUGUCAGCAUCCAUAAUCCAGUCAAAACCUCCGGGUCUUUGCAGUCUAUAGCAUCACCUUCCCUUCAACAACUGGCAUCUGACAUCCAGAAGAAACACUUGAUGAGUUGCAGUAGAGGUGGUGGUUGUCCAGGGCCAGAUGUUAGCUCACUACAGACACCUGGAGAUUCAGCUUUCUUCUCCAAUCAGCUCGGUAUCCCCACAGUGGAGUUCACAUACUCAGAAAUUCCCAAAACAGAGAGAGGUUAUUUUCUCUCUGAGGCCUUUUACCCUCCCGAGUCUUCAUUAGGAGAGACCUUGGAUCCAGCUUUCACACUCCACGAGACUGUUGCCAAGAUAACAGCCGAGGUCAUCCUGAGACUCUCUACUGAUCCUGUUCUUCCAUUUUACCCUUUGGAUAUUGCUCUGGAUGUUCAGAACAAACUCAAAGAUGACCUAUUAAGCCAGCCGGAUCUGCUGACUGUGGCCGCCUCUUUGAGGGAGAACUCGGCAUUCUUUCAAUCUGAGGUCAUGCGUCCUGCCAAUGAUCCAAAAGAGAGAGAUCCAGCCCACGUGCGAAUGCUCAAUGACGUCCUCCGAGACCUAGAAAAGAGCUUCCUUAUACCAAACCCACCACCUGGCUUGUACAGGAACAUUCUCUACGGCUUCAACAAACAAACGCCACAAUUCUCUAUCCUAAAGGAUGCUCAAGACAUACCCUGGCAUGGCAGUGUCAACCAGUCUCUGACACUGGUGUCCCGUGCCAUCAGUUCAGCUGAGAAACUUGUGCAGAGUGGACUUGACCUCUUCGAGAAUGACAAUGUUAUUUAAGAAAAACAUCUGGAACCAUCCUCAUCCCAUGGUAUCUCGAUGUCUCAAUAUGGCACAACCUCUGGGAUAUUCUGGUGGACACAUGCUUAAGUGCACUAUUAACCUGAGGUUCACACAACCUAAGGUAUCUGAAGUAUGUUUGUGUCAUCAGGUAAAUGCUAAGUUACUGCAGAAUGGCAAUGUUCCAAAUAGGGUUCAACACUUUUGUUUUUUUACACUUGGAGCAAUGCAUGGAGCAAUGCAAGACAUUUUGUCAUGGAUAUAAACACCAGCAGGUUUUUUACUAAUGUUUUGUGAUGAAGAUUGAAACAAGUUUGUGUAACAAAACAUUUGAACAGGUUUUAAAAUACUUCUCAGAUUUUAUUUGCUGAGCAAUACUAAAAGUUCACAAUCUUUAGGAUUGCAAAAUUAAUCUUAAAGCCAAGAAAUUUCCAGUUAACACAAGUUCUACAGUAGGUGACAACCUCAAGCAAUGACCUUUGGAUAAGUGGAAAUGAAAUUUCAUUGCGGUUCAAUCUUUUAGUCUUCCUGUGACUUGCAAUCAAUAUGGAGCUAGACUUCAUAAUGCACAAGUUAUUCAAAGUGGUGAUUGAGUGAAAAGAAAGCUAGCACAUCUGUGCCAGUCUCUCAGGGCCUUGUGUUUUAGAAAUUUGUAUGAUAAUAAAAUGGAAAGAAAUAUUUCUGUGUUGUGAAAAUAGGUACAUUUGUAGUCUUGGAAUAGGAAAACCUAUUAAGGUUUAAAACACAUACAAAGACAGGUUGAGUCAGGUCAAGUUAUUAUUUUUUCUGCUAAAAAGAGAGGGUUAAUUAGUACAGUAAAAAUAGUCAUAGAACAGGUUUAGGGUUAGUUUAUAAGGCAAGAGUGUAAAUGCAAAUGGGGUGAAUCUUCAAGAGGUGUUUCAUUAUUUGCUAAUGAGGCUGCUGUUUUGAUUGUGUGACAUUUCACCAAUGGGAGGUGAGGAUGUAGAAAGUUGUAGAUGUGGAUAGAUAGGCUCCCUUAAAGCUGCAAUCUGUAACUUUUGCCUCUCUAUCGCCAUCUCUGUUUGAAACACAAAAUUGCAAUUAUUUGCAGAGUAAAUUUCUCAACAUGAUCUCACGGAAAGUCGUGUUAUAGUCACGCAAAAUUUCCAGUUUCAGUUUUUUUCGUACCUUGAGCACAAAUUUCUUUUUCAUGACACUCAAAAUUCUAUAAAUUCUACGAAUUUCUAUAAAUAGUUUCUCGUGUCCGUGGCACAACUUUCUUUUUUGUGUAAUUUUAUGUAUUUUCCCCUAUUUUUAAAGGGACAGUAAGUAUAGGGUUUUAAGUGUUUUAUUAAUCAAAAUCAUUUUCUUUAUUCAUAAAUAUGUCCUCGUUGGUGUCAAAUGACCUUUGCCAGUGAUCUGACUUUUCUUUGUAAGCUUCGAAUUUCUUCUCUUUACUUACAUUGAACGGAUAAGUCCAAGGAGGCUUCCAUGUCGUUCAGCCAUACUGAUAUAUUAUAAUAGCAGAGAGGGACAAAAAGCACUAGCCUACCAACGCAUAUUUAUUCAGAACACGUGAACUAGCUGAAACGGACAAGGAGAUCAGUGAGUACAUAACGGCUACCGUAGUUGCAACACGCAUUUGGAAAAGUGAGGCGCUAGCACUAUUCGUUUGAAUGCAAAAUACAAUUUCACCACUAGAUGGGGUAAAUCCUACUUAUUGUCCCUUUAAAUCAUUGUCGCUUGGGGUAAGAUUUGGGGUUUGGGUUAGGCUGUACUUUUAUGUAUUGGUUUGUACAUAUUUUUCUUCCACUUUUAAAACUAUUCUCGCCUGGAUGUUGGGGUUAGAGUUGGGGUUUGGUAGCCUGGUAAUACCAUCCUCUGCUAUUUUGCUUCGCUUCAUAGACAGAGUCUGGCUGGGCAUAAUUGACAAUCGUUUUCCUCCUCGUGGGAGGGGCUUGUCUGAAGUUUAAAAUCAUUGGUCUAAACGUAAGCCAAUCACACAUAACAUUUGGAUAUGAUGUGCUUUAUGCGCCGGAUCAGCCGCAUCGAAUCUCUGCUGUAAAAUACACGUAUGAUGUGAAAACAAACCCAUCGAGCGAAAUACCAGAGUUAACAUGGCUAUGAACGACUUUUGCAGAUUAUGUAAAGUAAAUCGGGCCAGAGCUAGUUGAACACUAUCCUUACGGUGGCUUUCCACUCACGUCUAACGGGAGGAAAGCCCCUCUCUCCUCUCAAACUCUUCCACCAGACAACCAUAACCAUAUGUAAAUUAAAUCUCCCUACCUUAUUUUCUGGUUAAUCAGGAAUGUCACCAAAUAAUGCUUGCCCACGCGUCCUCCAACAUUAACUGUGAACAAUAUAAUUCCUUCCAUGAUUUCUCGAUCGUUGUGCACGUCAAGCUGUGCUGCACACAGUUUCUCGCUGACGAUCGGUAAAGUUGAUAAAUUAAACUUUUCCAAAAACUUGUCAGGAGCAGGGCAACAACAUAAUCUCCAUUCAAAUGUUUAACAAACACUUUUCUUGUUCGGGUUUAAGUUGGCAAGUGCCGGUUCUCCACAACAGAGCUUUCUGUAGGCUUGUUCGACUUCAUGCGGCGCCGCUAGAACUGACAGACGGAUGACGUUAAAGUGCCGCGAGAGCGAGACGAAAUUACACUUCGUAUGAUUUCUCGAAUCGUUCUCGCGUUACUUUGACGUCAUCCGGCUGUCGGUUCUUGCAGCGCCACGUGAAGUCGAACAAGCCUUGUGUCUUCAUGUCCACAACAGACUACAACCGUGAUUCGGCGUUUAGCGUCUACGUCACGGCUCUCAGCCCGCCCUCUGUUCGUUGAUUGGACGGUCGUUUUGAGACCGGUGGAAAACGGUUUGAAUGGGAGGUAUCUCAGACUGAGUACAGAAGCGUAAUGAAAUUUAGCGGAAGUACGAAGUCUGACGUAGUCAGGCUAGGGGUUUGGGUUACGACGUCUAAAAAUGUUACGGAAAGUGAAACCCCAAGCAAGCGACAAUGGUAAAAAAUAGAAGAAAAAAAACUAUGAGAAAACAAUACAUAAAAUCAAAAAAAAAAAAGGAUUAGGUUCCACUGACACAAGAAACUGUUUAUAGAAAUGAAGAGUUUCCUUGCAAAACGAGAUAAAUCCGUUUUUAACAUUUUUGUCAAAACAUGUUUAUUAUUGUGUUAUCCUGUUAUUAUUUUGUUUUAUGGUGCUACUUAGCUGUAUUUUUUAAGUUAUGAAGAUUUAAAUCAAAACAAACCAACUGCAGUUGAAUUGAUAUUAACUGGAAUGCACAACCAAAAAACGAGAUUUCUGAAAAAUUAAAAACACGUAUUUUUCUCGUUUUGCAACAAAACUCUUCAAAUUUGGGUUACAAAAAGACAUUUGAAAGCACAUUUUCUAAGCAGAUAUGGCUAGGAACUAUACUUUUAUUCCGGCGUAACAAUCAUAGACUUUGCUGCCGUAACAUGAGUGCAGGAGGUGCAAUGAUAUUACACAGCACCCGAAAAUAGUCCCCUUGGUAACUUUUAAUAGCUGGGGACUUUUUUGGGCACUGUGUAAUAUCAUUGCGUACCAUAUCUCCCUAGAAAAUCACAACUUUUAAUUUUUCGUCAUUCUUAAUACACAAUGUAACUGUACUCAAAAAUAAGAGUUUCUAUAUUUUUCCUAUUUAAAACUUGACUCUUCUGUAAGAGUCAAGUUUUAAAUAGGAAAAAUAUAGAAACUCUUAUUUUUGACCACAAUGCUAAUGGUCUAAUCAGAUUCAAUUAAUUAUGCUAAGCUAUGCUAAAAGUGGUACCGCCAGACCCUGAGAUCGGCUAAAUGGAUUCCGAAACGGUAAAAAUCAAAUGUUUCACUUUAGGGGAGCUGGAAAAUGAGCAUAUUUUCAAAAAAGUGAAGUGUCCCUUUAACUCUUCCCCAUCCACGUGUGAUAUAGUAGCCAGGAUAUCUUCUAUCUGUGUAAGGAUCGGACGUAAUGAUGCAACGACGAACGGCGGAAUGCUCAUACCCCCCUCCCAAAAUAACCCACCCCAGGCCGAUGAAAUUACAAAACAUUAUUAUGAGCUUUCCAUUGUGAAUCGGACAAAGGUCAAUAAAUUGUUUUUAUUCAUUUUUGCCCCCAAACAGUAACAGAUUGCAGCUUUAAGUAACUCAUACAGGUUUGUGAUGUCAUAUACUUACAUUGAUUGCAUUGCAUCUGUGGAACAUUGAAUUUGAUUCUAGCAUGUAGUGUAUUUGUUCUCAGCAUUUGCACUAAUGUUGUUUCUCUGGUAAGUUUUUAAUUAGGGUUUUGGAGUUGCAUUUAAUAGCUUCCCUUUUUACUUCACUAGAUACUAGAGACUUCACAUGCCUUUUAAAUAUGAAAACAACUCAAUUAGGAACGCAAGAUUCAGGGAGUCUAUGAGCUUUAAUUUAUUUAUGUGCCUUCCAGUGAGUCAUACAUGCUAUCAGAGCAGAAAUUUGCACUCAAAGACAAACAUUUACCAAAACAUCUUCUAUUUUGGUAGCACAUAUUUUUGACUUACUGUGGAAAGUUGUAUGUUGUUUUUUCAAAGGUUUGCAAAGUUAAACAACAAACUUUUGUAAAAGGCUUUCUUUCUUUUUGAUGGAUCGUUGUGCUUUAUUUAUCUGAUCACUGAACCCAUUUGACAUAUUUUGAGACUCAAAAGCAGAAUGCUGUUUUUGUGUCAUUUCUAGUGAGUCUUCAACUGAGUAAUUAACAAACUACUGUACAUCAAAUACACUGCACUUGAACAGAAUCCUGUGGACUCCCUACUGAGUUUACUACACUAAACCCACUUCAACUCUUUUUGCAUUGCACUCUAUGAACUGUUGGAAUUUCACCCUGCCCAUGUGUUUUUAAUGUAUUUAUUUAUUUUAUUUCCUAAAUAUAUGUAUAUACUGUUAACUUUUUCUGAUCCAUGUUCAGGUUAAAUCUUGUCUUGAAUUGCAAGCUUUUAUAUUGUGGAGCAUUUGUACUGUAUAGAUUGUAUACAUUUUAUACCAUGUGAGCUGCAGCUCCAAGUUGCAUGAAGUUUUUUAUUUUCAGAUUAGAAUAGAAUUUAUUGAGCUUUAAGAUUGAGUAGGUAGAGAAUUGAUUUCGUUUUGGACUAAAAGUGCACAAAUAAUUGUUUCUCGGUGUGAUAACACAACAGAAAUGCUGACUAAAUACACGCAAGCAAAGAUACACAUAUAAGCUGCAUCCCAAUUUGAAGGCGAGGACUCCAAAGGACGAUGCAUACUUGCGACUGUCUGACUUUUUAAACAAAUAUGAGCCAGAAACUGUAUUAGCUUUUUGGGGUACGGGAUCGGCAAAGGACCUCUAGCCGGGAAUCGAAUCCAUAUAUCAGAGCACUGCCGACUACACCAUUGGCUCCAAUCAAAACAUAAUUUUUAAUACUAAAACAUUGCACCAAGGACCCCUAAAACAAAGGCCUUUUCUGCAAAAUAUACACAUUUAUAAUACUAAAGUUUUAAAUGUUUAUUUUAAAAAAUCCAGUCAUGCAUGUAAUGAAUCUCAGAAUAGCUGAGGCUGUUAAGGAUCCGUUUGUUCUAUCCGUGCAGCUUGUAAAAAGAUAGAUGCAUUUUGAGGCUGAAUUUUAAGCAACAUUUGAAUUUGGAUGGCCUUUAGUCGCGCUGCUGUGAUGCAAUCGCGAUUUGCAGGCUUCAAAUUGGGACCCAGCUAUAGUAUCUUAAAUAAUUAUCUGUAAACUGUUUAUCGCAGUACUGUCUGGAUACUGCGCUUACUUUAUACUGAAUGGGUAGGCCUAUUCAUGUAAAUGCAAAGAUUUUUUUAAAUAAACAUUUAAAACUUUAGUAUUAUAAAUGUGUAUAUUUUGCAGAUGCAAUCUCGAUAUGCAGGCUUCAAAUUGGGACCCAGCUAUAGUAUCUUAAAUACUUAUCUGUAAACUGUUUAUCGCAGUACUGUCUGGAUACUGCGCUUACUUUAUACUGAAUGGGUAGGCCUAUUCAUGUAAAUGCAAAGCAUGUUAAAAGCAUUCCUUUAUAUGUACAAAAAAAAAAAACAAUGUGGAGACCUUAUGUGCAGAUGAUAAAUCAUUUCAGUGUGUUUGAUGACACAUACUAAAUGACAUUUUGGUGCAUUAAUUGUCCUAACACUACACCAAAUGACAUUUAUGUUUUGUCUCAAUGGACUUCAGAGGUUGAAUCCAGAUUUCUUUUUAUACUCAGUGGGGCAUUAAAUAUAAUUGCUUUGUCUUUAGUUUGAUGCCUUGUGGACCCACAUGGGUCAGAAAGCACUUAAUGGAUGGACAAUAUGAACAUGCUGCGGCUGUUUAAAUGGGUGGAAGGUUUGAUUUAAUUCACAGUAGUAUGCUGGAGAAAAUCAUUUUUUUUAAAUGAGGGGUGAUAUAAUGUACAAAAUGCACUUAAGUGGAAUAAGGGUAAAGCACAUUUCCAAUGCACGUUUUUUCUCUGUUGAAUACAUUUGUAUGCCACACAAACCAAUUCUAAGGCAAUAAAUACCAGUGUUGGAAUCA